CCAUGUAUUUUGCCUGCUACGAAAACAUGAAAAGGACUUUAAAUGCCGUUUUCCACCACCAAGGAAACAGCCACCUAGCCAACGGUAUUUUGAAAGCGUUUGUCUGGAAGUUAGAGAGCUCUCUCCUUCAACAGACCCUUCCCCAGGGCUCUCCUCCCUGUGACCCAGCAGCCUGACGCCUCAUCUCCGCCAUGCUUGCUUAUGAAUAAAGAACUCUAGAGUCGUGUGUGCGCACACACCCAGACACAUGCACACACACACACACACACACACACACGCACACGCUUUUUGUGUUCCCCUCCUUCGCUUUCUAAAGCCUGGGGGCAGUCGGUGACAGAGGUGUUUCAGUUUUCAUUGUUGUGUGGGUUUUUCCAUUUUGUUUUGUUUUUUUUUGUUUGUUUUGUUUUGGUUUUUUUUUUUUUUUUAAACACGCAAAAGCACUUAAUGAUCAGAUCUAGGAAAAAAAAACCCUGACUAGAAACAAAACUUUUCAAUACUGGAUUCCAAAAAAAAAAAAAAAAAAAAAAAGUUAUCUGGACAGCUUCUUUGAGACUAUUUAAAAAACUGGUUCAACAGGUCUCUACAACGUCAAGAUCUAACUAAGCUUUAAAAGGUCAAGAAGUUUUAUGGCUGACAAAGGAUUUGCGGCAGCACAGGCGACCUUUCCCACCUUAAGCUUCUGGGGAUUUGGGAAUUUCACCCCCAUUCUCUUCCGUUGGUCUCAGUGGCAUCUCUGUGGAGGAGGAGUUUUCUUUUGUUGUUUUGAGGGCAAGAGGCGGGCGGGGGGCUCGAGUUGGCAUGGGGCUCCUACACAGCCGUGUUUUCCUGGGCCCAGCUCAGCGGCUCUUUUCACCUCUCCUGUGGGUUUGGCUUUUGUCGGGUUUCGUUUGGGUGGGGAAGGGGACUGCGGAGAGCAGCCUAAGGUGUACUUUAACAAAAUUCGUGUUUCGACAGUGGACAGGUAGAGUGACCAGCGGCCAACCUUUCCCCUUCUCGUUUUGUUCUACUGAGAGUGCCCCAUCAGCAAACCCUGGUAAUAACAACCCCCCCCACCCCCACCCCGGCUGGUUUGCAGACAUUCGUUUCGCUUUUUAAAAACGGGCCCCUGGUUGCAUUUAUUAAGACAGGCGCUGCGGGCCACACUCUGAUGCCGUCCCUGAGUCUGUGGCCUUGGGGUUCGACUUCUGCUGCAACUGCCUUGUGUAAUGUUUAGUCCCUUGGUCACUGAGCCCCGUGGCGGUGGUUUGAUGCAACACAGUUCUGCCCAGCGCUGUUACGGCUUCACUGCGACGUAUGCCGUGGUUGCAUUUUGACCUUUCUGGUGGUGAUUGUAAGUGUGGGUGGAGGGGGAAGGGGGCUGUGUAUGCAUUUCUGAAGCGUUAUCCCGCUAUUUCUCAUUCCUCCCACCUUUGGGUGCUCGUCUUAAUUGGCUGGGCAGUGGCACCUGCCUGGGGAGGAAACCCAGAGCCAAAAGCAAAGUUCCAGGCCCCAAUCAGACUUGGGAAGUGCCUGGUUCUUGAAGCCAGGCCAGGUGGGAGCCUCGGAUGGGGUCUGUCGUCCCUGAGACAAGUCCUAGCUUUGCCAACUAACCCUGGAAAUCUGCCGCAUGCAGAUCUUCCUGAUGCCUGCUUCCCCUGCCUGUUUUCUUGAAAACACCCGGAUUUGAUUAAGGAUUUUUUUUUAAAAAUGUCUUUUCUGACUUCUUCUCCCCUCUUAGCUGUGUACAUAAUACCAUUCCCUUUGAUUGCUCCGGCUCAAGGGCAGAGGGAGUUAGUCUGUAGACAAAGGUGAGGGACAGGGGAGAAUUAAAAGCUGGACAGUUUUCUGCUGGAGAAAGCCACGAAGUGUGGUUUCCGGGUACCAUCCAACAUCGGCGGGUCUAGCCUUUCCGAGCAUUGACUACAGAUCUGCAAGAUGAAAAUGGAUAGCUGGGAGUAUGGCCACCCUGCUCCACGAUGCGGUAAUGAAUCCAGCAGAAGUCGUGAAGCAGCGCAUGCAGAUGUACAACUCGCCACACCGGUCGGCCCUCAGCUGCGUCUGGACGGUGUGGAGGACCGAGGGCUUGGGGGCCUUCUACCGGAGCUACACCACUCAGCUGACCAUGAACAUUCCCUUCCAGUCCAUCCACUUCAUCACCUACGAGUUCCUGCAGGAGCAAGUCAACCCUCACCGGGGCUACAACCCGCAGUCCCACAUCAUCUCAGGCGGGCUGGCCGGGGCCCUCGCCGCAGCCGCCACCACCCCCCUGGACGUCUGCAAGACCCUCCUCAACACGCAGGAGAACAUGGCCCUCAACCUGGCCAACAUCAGCGGCCGGCUGUCGGGCAUGGCCAACGCCUUCCGGAUGGUGUACCAGCUCAAUGGCCUGCCUGGCUACUUCAAGGGCAUGCAGGCCCGAGUCAUCUACCAGAUGCCCUCCACUGCCAUUUCCUGGUCCGUCUAUGAGUUUUUCAAGUACUUCCUCACCAAGCACAAGCUGGAGAAUCGAACUCCAUACUAAAGGAAUGGGCUGUGGGCAGUGGUUCCAGAAUCUUUUAUUUUUAAAAGGCUUUCCCUGCCUGCCUCCGUUCCCUUGUCCUCGCACUGAGGUGAUUUUGGCGGGGUGUUUGCAGGAUGGGCCCUCCGCUCCCCUGAUGCCUUAGAGGGAGGGGACAGCCGCUUACCGGAAGGCCGUCCGCAGGGACAUCCCAGGUGGUAGGUGGGGAAAGACUGGAAGGGAAGCGAGAAAUGGCUUUUUGUCUCCCUUCCUCUGGCAAGAAUGUAGCUUUUCUGCCUCACUGUAGCAGUCUCCUGCCCUAGGCUCGCAGUUUGCACCAGAGGGGAGAAAAUGUGCAGUGACUGAAAACAUUAAAGAAAAAAAAGAGAGAGUUCUGUAUAUAAAAGUUCCAGCACACAGUAUAAAAUAGAUGGAUAAUGUUUAUCCUUUAUUUUUCUACGUAGACGUUUUUGGAUUUGUGUGUGUGCCUGUGUGUGUGUACAGAUAGGUGUUACAGCUGGGACUAUGAAGCUGUUUUUAAAAAAAAAUAGAGGGCUGAAGGCUUCCAUCGGGUUAAGUUAAAAAGGCACCAAAGUGGUAAAUUGCUGAAUGCGGCCUAAAAUUGUGCGGAGCCCCCCAGAUGGAAGUUUCACUUGAAUGUAAAAUAAUAAAGUUUAUAUUUUGAA